CGUUUUUUUUUUCUUUUCUUAAAAAACACCUCACAUCAAAUUUUUUUUCUCUCUGGCUGUCCCGUUGAAAGCUGAAACAUGUCAUUCGACGGGAAUGUCGACGAUGGCGGCGAUAACACCGUUGGCGCAACCAACAAGCCUUUCUUUUGCUACCAAUGUAACCGUACUGUCACUGUAACAAUCUCCCCUUCCUGUGACCCUUCUUGUCCCAUAUGCGACGAGGGCUUCCUCGAAGAAUACGAAAACCCUAACCCUAAUCAAGGCUCCGCCUUCCUAAACCCAAAUCCGAACGCGAACCUAUUCUCCGACCCCUUUUUAUCACUAUCGGAUCCGUUUGCUUCCUUCCUCCCUCUCCUUUUUUCUUCCUCUUCUUCUUCCACAACUGCGUUAUCAUCCCCAGAUUCCAUUGACCUUCAUAACCCCAGCUUAUUCCGGUCAACCCGGUCAGGCCGACCAGACCCUAUCGCUUUCGACCCAUUUACCUUCUUACAAAAUCAUCUCAAUGAUCUACGUUCAAGCGGGGCGCACAUCGAGUUCGUGAUCCAGAACAAUCCAUCCCAGCCGGGCUUUCGGCUUCCGGCAAACAUUGGGGAUUAUUUCAUCGGACCGGGCCUCGAGCAACUAAUCCAACAGUUGGCCGAAAACGACCCUAACCGGUACGGGACCCCACCUGCAUCAAAGUCAGCCAUUGAUUCGCUACCUUCGGUGAAGAUAACGAAAAAUCACUUGAAUUCGGAGUUUAACCAGUGCGCAGUUUGCAUGGAUGAGUACGAGGAAGGGGCUCAAGCGAAGCAGAUGCCCUGCAAGCAUCUUUAUCAUAAGGAUUGCAUAAUACCGUGGCUGGAAUUGCAUAAUUCUUGCCCCGUGUGUCGUCACGAGUUGCCUACAGAUGAUCCUGAUUAUGAGAGGAGGGUUCUUGGGGCACAGGGAACUGGUGGAGGUAAUGAUGGUGGCGACAAUGAGCAGAGGUCUGCAGGGGAUAAUGGGACGGUCGAGAGGAGUUUUAGAAUAUCGCUUCCUUGGCCAUUUCGGGCUCGUGGGUCAGGUUCGGGAUCAGGAGAUAAUGCGGAGACCAGGCAAGAAGAUUUGGAUUGAGAAUUGCCUUUGGUCCAUUGUUGGGCAUGGCAAAGUCCUACAAGAAUGCGGAGAAGAAAAUGAGAAUGCCUGCUAGCCAUGACAAUAUAUCGAAUUUUCUUAUGUGUGAUGAUGAUGCUUUUAGAGUCUUAGGACGUGGCAGCAUUUGGUUAACAAAUUACAUGUGUAAUUUAUGUGAAUUGAUAGGAAAGUGUACUAGUCAAAAUAAUCAAAUAUAAGCAUUCUUUACUUGGAAGCUGCAGACUGUCAAAUGUUAUGCCUGGAAGGCUUUUAGAUUAUUUGCUGCAUUUAUUGUUUGAUGUAAUGGAAACCAUGAUGCUUCCCAAACCAUCAGUAUCUUUUUUUCUUUUCAAAAUAUUUGUAAAAUAUCACUAAUUAGAGUCACUGAGCUAGAUAUAGAAUUGGAGAUUAUUAGUACUUCAUUUUAUGCGCUUACUAUACAUACAACAUGGUCAUUAUCUAUAAUAGGAGUUUAGUUGCUAUAAUUAUGAAGUUGAGAUCAAAACUCUUACAUUUUUUGUGCUCACUAGACAUAUUUAAUUCAUAUCUUAAGCGUUUGAGGGAUAGUAGAAGUAAAAGAGAGAACUUGCUUAAGCAUCAAAAGAUUUAUUGUCAGGUUCUUUCCGGAUAACCAAAUUGUGGCAUAGCCCUCGACAUAAAAAUUAUAAAAUUAUGAUAAUAAUAGAGGCUCUGUUUGGUUUUUUUCACUUAACUUUUCACACAUGCUAGCUAAUACGCAUGCGGUUACUUAUAAUUUUGCCGAUUUUGUUCAACGGUGCAUUUGUGCAUGGGAUUCUUCUGUUAGUUUUUAUUCUUCUUUAUAUGGAUGAUGGUCAUAUUGAUUUCGGAGGGUAUUAUAAGUGGUUUGUUUUCUGAACUCAAUGUUUCACAACUAUGUAGUGACUAGUAUUAUAUUUUCUGACUAGUUUUUGUCAAAAAUGUUUAUCUCAUGUUCUAUGCUUUUAGUUGGUAGAUCUUUCAAGAAUCCACCUGCACAUAUUAACUGUGAAAACGCUUGGUGGUCAAUCUUGUGGGGUUGAGGUGGUGUGAAUUAAUAUUAUAUAAAAAUUUAAUAUAGUUCUCUGAGCUUAGUAAAGGUAAAAAUCAUGGGGCCAUUGAAAGGUGGGGUAGCUGAAGCAAGAUAUGUUUUCAGAAAUAUUUUGUAGAAACAUUACAGGACCAUGUGAUUUUCUUCUGGAGUUCUGGUAACUUAUUGAGGUGUUCCUCCAACUGAAGACUAGAAGUUAGAUUAUCUUUAUGUUUAGGUAAUAUGGUAAAGGAAAAUAUGUGAAGACAUUGCGAGAGAAAAGGGGUGGUAGUGAGUGUCAGGAAUAAGAAAUAGAAACAUAAGUUCUUUAUAUAGUUCCAGUAUAUGAUUUGUGGCACUAACAUCAGAUUCUGUGGAAGAAACUCCUGUCAAGUUCUAACGUUGUGUAAGGUCUAGGUUGUGUUAUGUGUUGUUACUCAAUAUUUCUAUCUUAAGUUUGUUCCAUUAUUCAGUUUUCUGAAGAAAUUUGUGGUCCUAGUAGCUAGAGUUUUAAGCCAUUUGUAACUGGAGUUUUAAGCCAUUUGUUUUUUCCUGUGGUACAAUGUCUGGCUGAAAUGUCGUAGAUAUCUUGAUACUUAAGAGUGGCAAGUAACUUUUGAUUGGUCACUUUGCAAGUAGCUUUUGAUUGGUCACUUUCAAUGCUGUAUGUGUCUUUUUUUGCAUAACAUUCUUGCCAAUGUUAAUGUGAAUGAUUCUUAAAUCCUGUUGAAAUAUUGACAGAUAAAUCAAUCAGGAUCUGAAAUAUAAAUAUGCUUGGUUGAGUUGACAUUUUCUGAUAAUCCAUGUUACUUGAUAAGUAUACCACUUGAUGCAUCCUUCAUCCCCCAAGUGGCUAAGUCUAACCUUGUAAGGUGGUUGAACCUUGUUGUUAACUGAAAUGCUAGGCUGUGAUGGAUCUGGGAUAGGCUUAGGUUCAAUUUAUACCAGCUGAAAAAAAGUUGUAUAUCUCACAUUCCAAAAUAUAUUGAAUGUGUUUGUUAUCCGUUUCUGUAUAAAAACCGAUUGCUGCUAUCAUUCCAUACUGCUUACUGCCAAUAAAACUGUCUCCAGCCAUACUUGUUUGCGAUUUUUACUUGAUCAAAGAAUUUGGGUAUUUAGCAGAUUCAGUCUAUAGAAAGCAAUUUUAUUAUGCUAAAAAGACAUAAUGUUAAUCAUAAGGCCCACAUACUUGUGCAUACUUUAGUUGCUGGUGAAUUAAGGCUAUGCUUGAUGGAAAGGUGGAAAGGUGGAAAUAUAGGGGGAUGGUUCUGUUAUUUAACCGUUGGAGUUGGAAAUAAUCGUAGUUACAGAACAUAUGGUUUCUUUUCUUGAAUCAUUAAGUAAUCGGAGCUACCAUCUUGUGGUGGCACAUGUGUUUGUAUGGUGCAGUGGUACUUUCAUUAAAUUUUGGUGGUGCAGAUAUAUAUGUAACCUGCCUGCAUUUUCAUGGUCAAUUUGAAUGUACUUUUCUUGAAUCAUAUUUGUUAAUGGCAUCCUAACUUUGAUUGGAAUU